AUGGACAAGCUCAAGAUAGUUGUAAUCAGCGGUGGAACUGCGACCAACGAGCUUGUUUCGGUUUUCAAACAUAUUCUGCCCCAUGUCUGUUACAUAUUGCCUAUUCUGGACAAUGGAGGAUCAACGUCUGAGAUAAUUCGAGUCAUUGGUGGUCCAGCUAUAGGUGAUGUCCGCUCAAGAUUGACAAGGUUGAUUCCUGAUCAUCAGCAGCCGUUGCUUCGGCUUUUAAGUUUCCGGUUGCUGCUGGUCCCAGCCGAGGCAAAAGUUCAAUGGAAUGAAAUUGUAGAUGGAACCCAUGAGUUAUGGAACGGUAUCAGUUCAGCAACAAAGGAGAUUUUCCGAGCAUUUUUCAUUCAUAUACACGUAGAGCUACUCAAGAGGUCGAAACAUCAUGUAGCCUCGAACAAGAAACAGUUUCGGUAUGAGUUGGCCAAUGUAGGCAACCUUUUUUUGACAGGAGUGAGGUUAUUCAUAGGGUCUCUAGACUCAGCCAUUGAAUUGUUCUGCAAACUUACUGAUAUCGAUCUGCUGACGGAGGUUUUACCUUGUAUUAAUACCAACUUCACGUAUCACAUCAGUGCAUUGCUCGAAAAUGGAUUGAUCAUUACUGGUCAGUCGCAGAUUUCACAUCCUUCUGAGACUCAUAGUGCCAAAAUCGAUAUUUAUCCGCCUCCUAUCAAUACAACUCGUCCUGCAACUCCUUCCGAGACUACGUUGCGAACAAGUUACUUCGGAACUGCAUCGUUAGAUGGGCUCACCAAUGACUUUCCUAUCAACGAGGUGGCUCUAGCCAACACUCCGAAGAGACAGAGCAUUAUUUCAGUGCUCUCAGACGAUGAAGAUGACGAGGAGUUGGGGAAUGUUCCACAGUAUACACAUCCUGAGCUUAAGAAGUCACAGUUGCACUUCAACAAGUCUCACAAUAUCGAGCCGUUGCUUUCUCCAAUCAAGCGAAUAUUCUAUGUGUCUCCUUAUGGCCAAGAGAUCUGUCCUACUGCUCCUAGCAAAGUGACCUCUUCUAUAGCCCAUGCGGACCUUCUUGUGUACUCCAUAGGCUCGUUGAUGACAAGUAUCAUUCCCAUCGUAAUAUUGAAGGGUGUAGGGAGAGCUAUAGCCUCGAGUUUGACUGAUGCUCCAGAUCGCAAGAAGAGAGUGCUUUUACUUAAUGGGUGUCUAGACAGAGAAACUUUUGGGAUGACGGCAACAAAUUUCAUCAAGGAGAUUGCCGAACUGGCUACAUACUCGUUACAUUCCAAUGGAGACGAAUCUAUUCCGCCAGCACUCAUGGAAUGGAACAAAUACGUUACCCACUUGCUCUACAUGGAGGACCCAUCCAUCCCCGUAGACAAAGACUAUUUGGAGAAUACUAGGGACAUCCGAUGCGUGGAAGUUAAAAAGGUCGCUGGAACGGAUUAUUUUGAUUUGCAGAGUCUUCAAGAAAAAUUGACAGAAAUAACCGAAGAAUGA